AUGGCCACCCCCAGUGUCCUGUCUUUUGACGCUGAGGGUCGCGCCAUUGACUUUGCAGUCCGGGUCGAGGACCUGCAGGUGUACUUACUGUGCGAUGCGAUCGAUGAGGUUUCUCUCUUUGACUUUGUCUCUGGCGCUGUCCCUGCCCCUCCUGCUGAUGCUGACCCCUCUGUUCGCUCCAAGUGGGCCACGCGCGAUGCUGCUGCACGUCUUGCUGUGCGUCGCCACCUCCCUUCCUCCGAGCGUGCACACUUUAGUCAGUGCAAGACCGCUCAGGCCUUGUACGACCCUGUAGUUGCGCGCUACUCCUCCCCUUCCUCCGCUACGCUGAGCCGCCUCAUGCUACCGUUCCUCUUCCCUGACCUCGCUGCCUUUCCCACAGUCGCUGACCUCUUUACCCACCUCCGCGCUAGUGACACUCGCUACCGCGCUGCGCUUCCUGCAGAGUUCCGCGCCGCAAACCCUCCUCCCAUGUACAUCACUCUCUACUUUCUAGUCACCCGUCUCCCUGAGUCCCUUCGUGCCGUUAGGGACCAGUUUCUCUCUGUCUGUCCCACCACCCUCACUGUCGACCUCCUUGAGAAGUCCCUGCUAGCGGCUGAGAAGAGUAUCGUCACUGUAGGGGCCUCUCGUGGUGACCCUCGCACCCCCAUCUUUGAGGGGUGUUCUCCUUCCCCCCUACUUCCCUCUGUCGCCUCUGCUGCUGCGGCCGACCUCGUUGGUUUGGAGUCGGUCGGUGCGGCGUCUGCCCCCAGCGGUAGGCGCCGCCCUGGCAGGGGCAAGGGGGGCAAGGGAGCGGGUGGAGCUAGCGGGGGCGGUGGCGGAGGCGGUGGAGGCGGCGGAGGGAGUGGGGGUGGCAGUGGAGGUGGUGGCGGGAGGGGAGGUACUACUGGCGGCGGUGGAGGCGGAGGUGGUGGUGGUGGUGGUGGCGGUGGGAGCGGCGGGGGCGAGGGUGGCGGUGGCGGCGGUGGCGGCGGAGGCGGGGGUGGCGGUGGUGGAGGUGGUCGGAGUGGCUCGUCCCAGCGGAGCACCACUGGAGCUAUCUUUGAUCUUGACUUUGAUGCUAUUCUUGCUGCCAUGUAUGCUGUGUCUGGUAGUGAUGAGGGUGACUGUUACCGGUGUUUCCCGCCCGAUCCGGGCAUUGAGUCUGCUGCUCUAGGUACUGGUGCGGCUGCUGCCCUAGGUGCUUGCGACGCUGCUGCUCUAGGUGCUAGUGUGUCUGCGUCCUCAGGUACUGGUGAGUCUGCGCUCUCAGGUACUACGUCGGCUUCGGCCUCCCUCACCUUCACCCUUGACUCUGGGGCGUCUCGCUUCUUCUUUCGGGACCGCACCACUCUCACGCCGCUUAGUCGGCCGGUUGCGGUGUCCCUGGCUGACCCCUCUGGGGGUCCUGUCCUGUCUCGUUUCUCCACAGUCCUCCCGUGUCCGGCGGCUCCCUCUGGCACCCUGACUGGUCUCUACCUCCCCUCGUUCUCUACGAACCUGGUGAGUGGUGCUGACCUACAGGAUGGGGGUGUCCACCAGUUCACUCCUGCUCGUCAGCGGGUGACACACUGCACAGAGGCUAGCACAGUCCCCUGCGUCGAGGGGCGCCAGCGUGCUGCCCCUCACUCCUCCCAGUUUCCUCCGACAGAGGCUCCGUUGCAGACGCUUCACAUGGACGUGUGGGGCCCUGCCCGCGUCCGUGGACUCGGUCAUGAGUGCUACUUCCUGUUGUUGGUUGACGACUUCUCGCGUUACACCACAGUCUUCCCCUUGCGCAGCAAGGGUGAUGUCACUGAGGUGCUGAUCGACUGGAUCCGCGCAGCUCGUCUCCAGCUCAGGCAGAGCUUUGGCUCGGACUUUCUUGUGUUGCGUCUGCACUCGGACAGAGGCGGAGAGUUCUCCUCUGGCCUUUUGCGUGCCUUCUGUCGUGUGCUUGGCAUCCGCCAGACCUUCACGCUUCCGGACUCACCGCAGCAAAAUGGGAUUGCAGAGCGCCGCAUUGGCAUGGUCAUGGACGUCGCUCGUACGUCUAUGAUGCAUGCGGCUGCCCCCCAUUUUCUGUGGCCGUUUGCGGUCAGGUACGCGGCGCAUCAGAUCAACCUCCACCCCAGGGUCUCCAUGCCGGAGACCUCCCCAGCCCUUCUGUGGACGGGGAAGGUUGGCGAUGCGUCUGCGUUCCGGGUUUGGGGAUCUCGGGCGUUUGUCCGCGACUUGUCUGCGGACAAGCUGUCCCCUCGCGCUACUCCCUGCGUCUUCCUGGGGUUCCCCCCCGACGCCCCUGGGUGGCAGUUCUACCACCCCACCUCUCGACGUGUUCUGUCCUCCCGGGACGUCACGUUCGACGAGUCGGUACCCUACUACCGCCUCUUCCCCUACCGCACUCCGUCCCACCCCCCGCCCCCGCUCUUCUUGGUACCAGGUCCCCCCCCGGUAGACCCCCUCCCCCCUCAAUGUCCUGCCCCUUCAGGUGUGUCCCAGGUAGACGCGGUCGAGCCUGUCGAGGUCACUGGUGACUCUGGUGCUGCUGCGGGAGCUGAGCCAGGGGGUGCUGAGACUGGAGGUGCUACACCUGCGGGUACUGAGCCUGGGGGUGCGGAGUCUGGAGGUGCUGAGCCUGGGGGUGCUGAGCCUGGAGGUGCUGAGCCUGGGGGUGCUGUGCCUGGGGGUACUGAGCCUGGAGGUACUGAGCCUUGGGGUGCUGAGCCUGGAGGUGCUGAGACUGGGGGUGCUCCGCCUGGAGGUGCUACGUCUCGCCGAGAGCCACUCUCCCCUCAGGAGCUACGUGAGUGGUUUGCCAGGCGCUGGAGGCGUGCUGCUGGUGCUGGAGGUUCUUCGACUGCAGAGGGUACUGCUGCCGAGCGUCCCGGCGGUGCUCGUACUGUGGGUGCUGGAGCUGCUGGGUCUGAGGGUUCUCCUGGAGCUGGUGCUGCUGAGGGUGUUGACGCUGAGACUGUCGCUGGAGGUCCGAUUGGUGGUGCUCCUGGUGGUGCUGCUGGAGGUUCAGGAGCUACUGGAGGUGCUGCUGGAGCGGGUACUCCUUCUGGGGGUACUGGUGCUCUCCCUGCUGUUUCUGGCGUCGCCGCGCGGCCCCGGCCGUACUUCGUUCCGCUCCUGCAGCAGGUUCUUGGUCUUACACCUUCUCUUGGUCCUCCUCCUCCUCCCUUAGAGGGUCCACAGCCUGUCUCGUCACAGUCACAGCUACAGCCUACCUCACAUUUGCCUGCUCCUUCUCCCUACGCUGGUCCGACUGGAGAUCUUACUGAGCGUCGUGAGCCUGCGUCUCGUCCUGCGUCGCCUGUUCGUACUGCGCGCACUAGUGGUCGUGGUUCGCGUCAGCGUCCUCCUCCUGUCCCUGGCACGCACCGGAUGUCUCUACGUCCGUCUACUGCUCCUCUGCGUGCCCCUUUGCCUUCUCCUCCUUUUUCCUCUCUUCCUGCUCUUGCCGACCCGGAGUCGGACUCUCUUCGUGCUGCCAGUCCUACUGUCACGCGUCUUCUUGCUACUGCUGUCACUGACCCUUCUUUCGAGUCUUCUGCUGCGUCUGCCCUUGUCACUGAGCUCGUCGACUUUGCUGCGCGCUGUUGUCUAGACUACGCUGCUAGUCUUGUCGCUGAGUCUGAGUCUGCCUGUCCUCCGUCCGUCGGGGGUGAGUGUGCCCUUGGCACGGACGUCCUUGAGGACAGGCAGGAGGAGUUCCAGUGUCUGGCCGCCGCUUCACCUCAUCUUGCGUCUGUACUGCUAGCCCCUGAGGGAGACUCGGAUGCACUAGACAUCCCGACUCCGCGCUCUUACGGGGAGGCGAUAGAGGGUCCCUACUCCUCUCAGUGGCAGGCAGCUAUGGAUGCAGAGAUGGCUUCCUGGAAGUCCACAGGCACCUACGUCGACGCUGUUCCCCCUCCUGGGGCGAAUAUCGUCAGUGGCAUGUGGAUUUUCAGGGUGAAGCGGCCGCCGGGUUCUCCGCCUGUCUUCAAGGCGCGUUACGUGGCUCGUGGCUUCAGUCAGCGGCAGGGGGUUGACUACUUUCAGACCUUCUCCCCCACCCCGAAGAUGACCACUCUUCGGGUACUGCUGCACGUUGCUGCUCACCGUGACUACGAGUUGCACUCUCUCGACUUCAGCACAGCUUUCUUGCAGGGCAGCCUGCACGAGGAGAUCUGGCUGCGUCGCCCACCUGGCUUCACUGGGUCUUUCCCUCCUGGUACCCAGUGGAGUCUCCGGCGUCCAGUCUACGGUCUCCGCCAGGCGCCACGUGAGUGGCACGACACACUGAGGACUACGCUUGCGGCACUUGGGUUUGCUCCUUCUACUGCCGACCCGUCGCUGUUUCUGCGCACCGACACAUCUCUGCCGCCGUUCUACAUCCUCGUGUACGUCGACGACUUGGUCUUUGCCACAGCGGACACUGCUGGACUCGCUUACGUGAAGUCCGAGCUGCAGAAGAGACACACGUGCACUGACCUGGGUGAACUGCGCAGCUACCUUGGCUUGCAGAUCACCCGGGACAGAUCACGCCGCACCAUUACUCUGACUCAGUCACACAUGGUGCAGCAGGUCCUUCAGCGCUUCGGCUUCACGUACUCCUCGCCUCAGGCCACUCCUCUGCCUACUCGCCACUCGCUCUCAGCUCUGCCUUCAGAUGAGUCCGUAGAGUCGAGUGGCCCGUAUGCAGAGCUUGUUGGCUGCCUCAUGUACCUGAUGACCUGCACACGACCUGACCUUGCAUACCCUCUCAGCAUUCUCGCACGCUAUGUUGCUCCUGGGAGACACCGACCAGAGCACAUGGCUGCAGCGAAGAGGGUGUUGCGCUACUUGUGCAGUACGUCGGGCAUGGGGCUAGUGCUUGGAGGGCGCAGUCCAGUGGUCCUCACUGGGCACGCGGACGCUUCUUGGGCUGACGACCAGGCUACGCAGCGGUCGUCACAGGGUUACACCUUCGGCCUUGGUUCCGGCUCUGUUUCGUGGCGGGCUACUCGCUCGUCUUCUGUUCUCGGCUCCAGUUGUGAGGCUGAGAUCUACGCCGGGGCUAUGGCUGCUCAGGAGCUUCGCUGGCUCACCUACCUGCUGACCGACCUUGGAGAGCCGCCUAGUUCUCCUCCAGUCCUGUACGUAGACAACAAGGCCAUGCUGGCCUUGUGUCGAGAGCAGCGACUGGAGCACAGGACAAAGCACAAUGCUCUCCGCUACUUUCUUGCUCGUGAGCUGCAGCAGCGUGGACAGUUGCGACUUGCGUACGUGGCCUCUGAGGCCAACACUGCUGAUAUCUUCACCGAGGCACUUGCGCCUUGUGAUCAUCAGCGCUUCUGCACGCAGCUGGGUCUUGUGCCUGUCUUGCCUCACUUGCUCACUUCUUGA